AUGUGUUCCGAUCAUUUUGCAGCAGAGGCAUACUCCACAGCUGGUCAAAGAAAAUUCCUAAAACCCGAUGCGGUUCCUACAAUUUUUGCAUGUAAUGAUGAAACCACACAAACCUCAAAAGAAAAACCAAAGCCACAUCUGUGCAUUAAACCUGAGCUAAUGGAAACAGAUGCCCCUGUGGUUACUUAUAUGAAUCUAGUACCAAGUAUAGCAACCAUUGAAAUUCAAGAAAACAGUGGAAUGUUUUCCUCAUACCCAUCUCAAAAUGAACUUCUGGACCACAACUACUCAGAAAAGUUAGAUUACUCUGUUUCAACAAGUACGUUCAUGUUUCACAAAGCCUCGAAUACCGAGGUGGUCAGAACAUCAAACAAGGGUACCGUAACAUCCAACUAUUAUGGAAAAAGGUCUUUGAAAACACAGACUUCUGUUUUUCAAGGAAAAAGGAACACACAGACUUCAACAAGAGAGGACCGUGUCAUGAAAGAUGCCUUCACAUGGACCGGACCUUUAGAGGACGACAUUAAAUUAUCAUCAGAUUACUAUAAGAAACCCUCUUUUACAGAUGCAUUUACACAGACUGAUAACACAAUCCAGUUUCCUGAGCUUCGGUCUACUCUGUCAAAGCCUCACACUGCAACAUUGGUAGAAACUCAGUUCAGACCUCAACCUGUUGGUGUCAUUUCAGGUAUACCCCUUGCAGUGGAGACAACGCCUCAACAACAUAUUACCACAGGCAAUCCAGAUUUGAUCCCUGAAUGCGAGGAACAUGUUGGAUACCGUACAUUUGAACGUACACCAGAAGAUUUUGUGUCUGAAAAGAAAUUUCUUGUGUUUGAUAGCUGUCUAGAUCAAUUGUUGUCAAAAGUGAAAUUCUCUUGCCACGCUGACACUUGCAAAUCAUCCAUAAUCACAGUUGAAAAGAACAUCAUUGGAACUUUAUUGACUGUUUAUUUAACAUGUGAAAAUAAUCACAGAAACCUUUUUUGGAGAAGCCAACCCAUGAUAGGGACUCAUUCCUGUGGAAAUAUCCUAUCAAGUGCGGCUGUUCUGUUAAGUGGUUUACAUUAUUCCAAAGUUCAUGAAAUGUUUAGCAUUUUAGGCAUGCCCUAUAUUUCAAAAACUGUUCACUCAUAUUACCAAAAACACUUUAUUUUUCCUGUUAUUCAUCUUCACCAUACCAAAGAUCGACAUAAUAUUAUUGAUAAUCUGAAGGACAAGGCAAUUUGCCUUUCUGGAGAUGGACAAAGUGGCCACCCUGUGUUCUCUAGAACAGUGUUUCCCAACCCAGUCCUCAAGGCACACCUACCAGUCCAGGAUUUAGGGAUUACCCAGUUGUGUCUAAGGUGUUUUUUUUCUUCUUUGUAAAAACACCUUAGACACAACUGGGUAAUCCCUAAAUCCUGGACUGGUAGGUGUGCCUUGAGGACUGGGUUGGGAAACACUGCUCUAGAAAAUAUUGCAUGUACACACUCAUAGAAGAAUCUACCCAAAAAAUUAUUGAAUGCAACACCAUUCAGGUAUCUGAAACCAAGUCAUCUGUUAAUCCGGAAUCCAAAGUGUUCCGGAAGUGUUUAAAAAAUGUUUUAGACGAAGGAUUGACAGUGGCUUAUUUAGCAACAGACAGGCAUAUUGGAAUAACUAAAAUCAUGCGAGAUGAAUACAGACAAAUAAACCAUCAGUUUGACUUAUGGCACCUUAAAAGAAAAUUGUCAAGACUUACCAAGCGGAAAAGAUGUAAACAGCUAAUACCUUGGCGAAAAGCCAUUAUAAAUCAAAUGUGGAUGUCAAGUUUGCACUGUAAAGGCAAUGUCAAUUUAAUGAGGGAACAGUGGAACUCUGUUCUUCUGCAUGUUGUUAAUCAGCACAGGUGGGAUUCUGGAACUCUGAUAGAUGGGUGCCCACAUUCAGAACUUUCGGAAAAGGAUAUGGGAAGAAGACCCUGGUUAGUUCGAGAUAGUCCAGUCCACUUACAACUUACAAACUUUGUUAAGAACAAACAGCUGCAAAAAGACCUUAAGCAAAUGGCACAUUUUUGCCACACUGGCAGUAUAGAUUUGUUCCGCAGUUUGGUUUUAAAGUUUUGCCCAAAGCAUGUACGUUUUUCCAAGGAUGGAAUGGCUGCCCGAAUCAAAUUGGCUGUUUUAGCACACAACACAAAUGUUGGUGUAAAACACUGGCAUGUGAAAAACAUUUCUAAAACUCAAACAGUUGACCACGUUUACCGCAUGUUGGCAGAUAUCCUCAGACAUGUGUCUGGAGAGCUGGAUCUUACUUGGGUUUCAGAAAGUUGUUUAUUUUCAGAGCUGCCUCAACGCAAUGGACACCGACAAGGGUUUUGUUAGAAAGACACCUCCUUAGUUUCAAACCAAGAAGGUUGUUAUCCUGAAGAUAUAGUAGAAACAUUGUUUGUUUUUCUACAUUUAUUCAAUACUCAGCAUCAGGAGGAUUAUUUCUGUUUAUAUGAUAUUAUUCCAACUUCCGAUCUAAAAGAAUAAUCUUUCUUGACACGUUGAAAUAAAGUUGUUAGGAGGAAGGUUUUUAAUUUUAUUUUCAAAA